AAAAUAAAACAACCACAUUUUGAGUGCAGAAAGAGAAGCCUGAAGCCCAAGCCCGUUGCCUAUUGACUCUUGCGUUGUGGGAAGGUGGACUCAGAGAUGCAAGCGACGGCGAUGAUACAGAUACUGGUAUCAUUGGUGCUGCAGUUACUGGUUUUGAAGGGUGGUGCCGAUUAUAUUCCGCCGUCAAGAUUGGAAGGGUUCGUGUACCAGCCUCGGCCAUUCGAUUGGGACGACACCGUUCUGAUUGAAGCGUUCUACGAUCCGGUGUGUCCUGAUAGCAGGGAUUCUUGGCCCCCACUCAAGAAAGCUAUCCACCAUUAUGGCCAUCGAGUUCAACUCGUUGUUCACCUCCUUCCUUUACCUUACCAUGACAACGCUUAUGUUGCGUCUCGUGCUUUGCACAUUGUGAAUGGAUUGAACUCAUCGGCAACAUUCCCCUUGUUGGAAUGGUUCUUCAAGCAUCAGGAGAAAUUCUACAAUGCUCCAACGAAGAACUUGUCUAGGGCUUCUAUUGUGGAGAAGAUAGUGAAUUCUGCAGCAAAAGUAGCUGGCAGCUCUUAUCAUACUGCCAUAAAGAAUGGAUUCAAUGACACCCAAAGUGAUUACCAAACUAGAGUUUCUUUCAAGUAUUCAACUUCGAGAGGGGUGUAUGGAACGCCUUUCUUCUAUGUGAAUGGAUUCUUGUUGCCGGAUACUGGAUCCGCCGUUGAUUACAACGCAUGGAGGAAGGUCAUUGAUCCAUUGGUUGGUGCAAAGAGUGUAAAAAAUGAAGAAUCCCUUCACUACUUCUUGUAAAAGUUGUAUGCGCUUGCUUGCUGAGUGCCAAGAAUAGCGUCGAUGCGUCAUAUUGGAAGUAAACGUCACCUUUUAUGAAUAACAACCAUAAGGAUAAUGAUGAAUUGAUGAUGUUGUAUUACUA